AUGAAUUACGUCUCCCUGGAAGCGGAUACCAUAGCAAAUGAGUUCUUUGGUUUUGAUUCGGCUGAGGGAUUGCGUUUAAGAAGGAGGAACGAAACGUUACAACCACCGGACUGGAACCCAAUGGGUUAUGCUUCUUCAAGGGACCCUCCUGAUUCUUUUAGCGUAUUAAUUAGUAGUUUUGUUGGAACCAGUGUGCUGCUGAUAAUGCUUGCUCUCAAAUUGAUCAUGACUCGGUUUUUCUCCCCUCAUCUGAUGUUAGUGGGAAGCUGUGCGCUCUACGUCAUCAUCGGAGCCCUCAUGUUCCAAAGAUUGGAGGGAGAGCGACUGAAGGAGGUGAAACGAGAGCAGACGGAGAAUAUAGCACGAAGUGGCCAAUUGUACAUAGAUCGGAUCUGGGAGCUUACGCAACAGGAAAAAGACAAGUACGAGAGUACUGAAGAUCUAGUAGCUGUUGUGAAGACGAUCUCUAAAGAAGAGUUUCACGAUUAUGUGGAUACAGUGUUCACCGCACACCGAGCAUCAAGACAUGGUUAUGAUGAGGGAAGAUCUAGGGGAGUGGAUAUGCGGAGGCUCACAUUAAGCUACGACGGCACGUUUUCAGUUGUCAGGGUCGUCAAGGAUUCACCUUCUUGGGACUUUGCGAACUCCGUUUUCUUUACUGCAACAAUGCUAACAUCGAUAGGAUACGGUUACGUCGCACCGAACACUUUUGGCGGACGAUUGUUUGGAGUCAUCUAUUGUCUUAUAGGAAUUCCUCUCACCCUGGUGACAGUAGCAAAUGUGGCGAAGUUCAUUUCGGAGACGAUAUUCUUGAUUCAUUACGAACUAUGGAAGUACUGGUGCAGGUGGAAGGCUAAGAGAAAAGGGCAAGAGCUGACGAAUGAGCCACUGUUCGCAGAGGAUGAAGACGAACAGGAGAUUCUGGAUCGUGUGAAGCUUGUCAGAUUUCCACCGAUUGUCGUCUUCCUCUUCGUAUUUCUCUACGGACUUUUUGCCUCUUACAUCAUUCAAAGAAAAGAGCAAUGGAGUUAUGUGGAAAGCAUGUACUUCACCUUCAUCAGUAUACUAACAGUCGGUUUUGGCGACUUCCGACCAUCGCCGCACAACAUAUGGACAACUUUAGCGGUUGUGUUAGGUGGUGUGAUUCUAACCACAAUGUGCAUGGAUGUAGUCGGACGAAUGUACUUGAAAGAAAUCCACUACCUUGGGCGGAAGCUGAAGAGCAACAAUCCGUUCUAUCUAAUUAGGGAGGCGAAAGCACGGAGACGUCGAGCAGCUAUGGCAUCCUUGCUGGCUCAACUAGCGAGAGGCAUGAUAUUUGCCCACAAGGAUUAUAAUGAACUCUCACGUAAAAAAUCCAAGAAAAAGAGGGCGAAACGAAGAGGAAGUCACGUCUUACCAAACGAGAAAUUCAUGUUCGCUCGCCUCCCACCCGACCCUCCUUCUGAUUGUCAGGUAAUAAGCACUUCGGCGUACUCUGUUCGUAUAGCGUGGGCGCCAGCGUUCUCCACGGAAUCCGAUCUGACUUACAAUAUUCGUUACCGACUGAAACACAACGAAGACGGUAAGAUACGCGAAUUACGAGGAAUCAAGGGAAAUGCUGUGGAAAUCAUGAGUGUUGAUUCAUGCUCAUUGUACGAGUUCCGAAUCACAGCUGUCAGCAAGUACGGCGAGAGCAAACCGAUUUAUCUCGUGCAAUACACUGAGCCACAACUCAGUCCUCAACAUAUAUUGGCCACCAAGCUAAACGCUAAUACUAUAGAGUUGACGUGGGAACCACCAUUCAAAAGAACGCAUGAUGUGAAGAACUAUGUUGUCUACUUCACAGAGAAUCCGAAUGCAUCCCUCUCGGAAUGGGAGAAAAUUCCUGUGAAUGGCCGACGAGUGGUGUUUCCGGACCUUCGAUAUGAUUGGUUCUACAUGUUCAGCGCCACCGCAUUGUUCAAGGACGGGCAGCGCUCACCUCUAUCGCGAGCUCUCUUUAUCAAAACGGAUAAGUUGGAGUUUCACAAGCAGUGUGUCGGACAGUCGCGAACAAUCGAAGUAAUGGAUUCAAUCUGUGAUAGAACUGAGGACAGCGAAACAACUGCUCUACUCAAACGUGAUUACGCUUCAUUUGCCGUUUGA